AUGGAGGAAGAGGGAAUUGGGUUAGUGAUGGCAAGAACCACAGAACUUCGUUUCAGAAUCAGCAAUUGCAUCCACAUGGCAGCCGCUACUCCAAACAAUGGGCCCGAGCCAGAAGAUGGAGAUGGAGACAAAGAAGGAGAAGAUGAAGAAAUGGAGACGCUUUUGAACAUUUCCAACGCCCUCGAAUCCCUUGAGGCCCAGCUCUCUUCCUUGCAGACUUUGCAACAACAACAACGAUACGAAAUAGAAUUGGCCCUUGCUGAGAUUGAAAACAGCCGAAAGAUGUUACUUGAUAAGCUCAAAGAGUACAAAGGGGAGGAUUUGGAAGUGAUACAUGAAGCUUGUGCUUUUGCUUGUGAAACGGUAGAGCACAGCAAUGAUCUCCUGCUUCCUCCAUAUCCAAGCCGCCCUCCAAAGAACUCCCUUUACCUAGAGAAUGACUACCUGCCACAGUUCCCUUCCACAUGUAAGUCUGUAGGAAAUGGAACAAUCACCGGUGAUCCAUCAAAUGAAGUGAAGAACAUCAGCAAACUAGAGAGAAAUCAAAAGCUAAACGGGUCCCAAGGUUCAAGGAAAGGGUUGGGUUUUUCCAUCAGUGCAACAGGCAAGACAGUACUUACUCUUAUUGGUGUGGUAUCUGUAUUAAGCUUGUCUGGUUUUGGGCAUAAUUUUGCGAAAAAAGAUGCCCUUUUCAAGGUUUUUGGAAUGUUUCAGCGACCAGCAGCUGAGGAAAGGAGAUUUGAUCUUCGUUGUCCACCUGGAAGAGUCCUAGUGAUGGAAAAUGGGGAAGCUCGGUGUCUUGUAAAACAGAGAGUUGAAGUGCCAUUCUCAUCAGUUGUUGCAGAACCGGAUGUAAACUAUGGGUGUGGUUAA